AUGUCAAAGCUCCCACAACAAAUGAAGGAAAUUCAUGGAAUGCAAAUGACUUCUCAAGUAGCAAGUUGUAAACUUUGCAAAGGUGACCACCCUACCGACUUAUGUCCACCACCCGAAGGAGAGGAAGUUAAUUAUGUGAACAACCAACAUCAAGGCUAUCAAAGGCAACCUCCGUACCAACAUAAAGGUUAUCAAAGGAAUAACCAAGGAUUUCAACCUUCAAGAUUCAACAAUCAACAUCAAAGUCCGUACCAAAGUCCAAAUCCACAAGGUCAAGGUCAACAACCUCAAGGCGGAAGCUCAAAAUUGGAAGAUACUUCCAACCAAUUCAUGCAAGUUUCCAUGGAGAAUCAAAAGACUAAUGUGGCUUCUAUAAAGAACUUAGAAAAUCAAGUGGGGCAACUUGCAAAACAAUUGGCCGAACAACAAACGGGACCUUCUUUUUCUGCAAACACUCAACCUAACCCAAAAGAGUAUUGCAAGGCAAUUAUUACAAGGAGUGGCAAGGAGGUGAGUAAUUGGGAGAGGAAUGAAAUAGUAGUGGAGGAUGAUGGAUUUUUUGUUGUUGAAGAUGAGGAGGAUGAGAUAGUGGUGGAAAAAGAAAAAGAAAAAGAAGGGGAGGAAGUAGCCGAAAAAGAGAAAAAUGUGAAGAAGAAUAAAAGAGAAGGAAAAGGAGUGAGUACGAAUCCCGUUCAAAACCUACCCUACCCACAUGCACCAUCAAGGAAGGAGAAUGCAAGACAUUAUGCUAGGUUCAUGGAUAUAUUUAAGCAACUUCAAAUAAAUAUUCUAUUCGCCGAAGCAUUAGAACACAUGCCAAAAUAUGCAAAAUUCUUGAAGGACAUUCUCACCAAAAAGAAAAGAUAUCCGGACAAUGAAACUAUUAUGCUUGAUGCUCAAUGUAGUGCUAUCAUUCAAAGAACUCUUCCAAGAAAAGAAACCGAUCCGGGACGAGUCAUCUUACCGGUCACCAUUGGAGGUACUUACAUCGGCAAUGGUCUAAUUGAUUUGGGUUCUAGCUUUAAUCUCAUUCAUUUGUCUAUCAUAAACAGAUUGGGGAAUAUUGAAAUGAAGUCUACCCGAAUGACAUUACAACUAGCCGAUAAGUCCACAACCUCACCUUAUGGAGUUGCUCAAGACAUAUUGGUAAAAGUGGACAAAUUUUUGUUUCCGGUAGAUUUUGUGGUGGUAGAUAUGGAGGAAGAUAGGGAUGUUCCGUUGAUUCUUGGAAGGCCAUUAUGA